CCUGAAGAUUCUAUUCUACCUAAAACCCUCAUGCUUCCAAUAAAUCACUGAUAGAUCAGCUUGACCAAAACCCUUCCUCCUCGAACUCAGCUUUCGCGAAAUCCCUAGCCCCACCGCCUAAAUUUCACAAUCGCCGAUUACAUGGCCUCUCAGGCAGCCAGAGGCGGCGUUUCGCUCCCGGAGAGGCGUCCUGCGAAGCGUCAGCAGCCGGAUUCCGACACCAUCCUCGCGAAGCUAACGAACUCCGAAAUCGUCUCCAAGGGCAAGCGAGCCGCCUGCGACACCGCCUACGUCACCAAGAGGCUCCUCCGCAGCACCGGGAAGGCGGCUUGGAUCGCCGGAACCACCUUCUUGAUCUUGGUGGUGCCGUUGAUCAUCGAGAUGGAUAGGGACCAGCAGCUGACCGAGCUCGAGCUCCAGCAGCAGAGUUUACUCGGAGCGCCACCGAUUGGUGCGCCUCAGAAGUAGUGGUUGCGGCGGUGGCGCCUUUCAUUUGAGUUUCUGGGUCAGGUUAGAGACUCUGUUCAUCGUGUUAUGGUAGGAAAAUUGGGAAUUUUGAGCUGAAUAAUUUAUUGUGUUAGUCUUUGUGUUGUAGUAACUCACUGUUGUACUAGUUAAAGCUCUUCUUGAUCCUCCGUCAUUUGAUGGUUUUGAAAAUGAUCAUGAUUGUCGUUUGUUUCCUCUCGACUAUAGGGUAUUCAGAUCCUUAUGUAUCUCUGUUGGUUUGAACUUAGAACGUCCAUUAUCCCCAGUACUUGAGCUGAAAUUGGAUAUUGUUUAGGUUAAGGGAGGAUGUUACAAACCUCUCCAAUUAAGUUACGAACUUGACAUUUGUAAGAGCCUAGGAAAGAGUUUUAGUAUGGAGGCCUUGAAGUUAGCAUUAGUGUAACAAGCCGGUUUUAUCAGGGCAUAGCAGCUUCUGGUCAUGAUUGCCUUGUUCCUCUAUGCUAGUGAUUGCAUAUCAGAUCCUUCUGAAUCAAAUGUUGGUGUGAAUAUCCACUAUGCAUAGUACUCGAGUUGCAUCUGGAUAUUGUUUUUGCAUGUAAAAUUCUAUUGAUCAUAUUGCUACGAAUGAAUGAAUAUAUUUAGUGAAGACUGGACAGACUGUAAGAAGUGCUUCUGAACAUAUGUUUCCUUUCUUGUAAGAGUGGUACGGUUAUCCAUAGUUUGGUGAGAAGGCCUUCGUACUAGGUUGCAAGUAGAGAUCUGUCCGUGUAGAAAACAUGUCUUGAUUAUGAAAGAGUCUCUACUGCCUUCCAUUUUGUUGUUCAACCCACCCAAGAUGCUUCCUUUUUUGCACUUUUUGCAUGUGAGCGCAAGAGGUUAGUAAUCAUAGACAUUGGAUUGUGUUUUACUCCUCCAAGGUUCUUAAAUUAGGAGGAUAAUCUGAAAUCUAGACGAAGUGGUUUCACUUCUGAGUAGUCCUUGAACAACCGGAUCAAGUAUUACAGGGUGCCUCGUCGGUCUUAUUGUGUUUGCUGGAAGGUUUAUGCUGUUCGAUUCACCAAUUAAGUUAAGUCUGAUCAGUAUGAGGUUUGCUUCACUGCUUGGAUGAACUGCUAGCUGCUAUGUUUGCCUUGUUGAUGAUUCUAAGUAGUAACCAGUCAAAACUCGACACUCUUUAGCGAUGCUUGGUAGGAUGGUUUUGCAUGUUUGUGGGUAUAUCCUUUUCUCUGUUAGGAAUCGUAGUGGACUUGCUUUGAUCCAUUUGCUGCAGUUAUAGUGAAUGGUGAUCCCCCCUUUUUUACCUAAUAAAGGCGGUAUUUUGAUCAGAUUGUUGUCUGAUGGUGCCCGUCGCAAUCAGGAGGAGGAAGCAAGCACUUGCAAGUUGCAGCUCAUUGUUACACCACCAACAAGUGUUUUGCUUUGCUUUGUUUUGUCUCUAGAGAAAUCAGUGAUGUGCUUUCCAUUCUACAGACAUGCUUUGGCUGCUUUUAAUUUAUUUAUUUAUGACUUGGCCUGUGUUUCAGUGCAAAGAGGGGCUCUUUUGACUCAAAACGUUGUCUGCAAUUUGAGUAGUUGCUUUAUGCAAAAUGAUUCAGUGGUUCGUGGGUGAAAGCUUCAAAAUGGUCAUGGCCCAUUUGUUUUCCUUAGCCAUUAAGGAGAAUGGAUGCUGAUGUUAUCUUAUCUACCACAGGAAGUAACUCUUUUUUUUUUCCUGCGCUAAUGGUUUUACAUUUUUUCUAAAGUUCACCGUUUCAGCUCCCAACUUGCUUCCUGUGUCAGUCUAUGAACGGUCCUUGUGCUGCAGCGGUCGAGUCGUGGCCCCAAAAAAUGGUGGGACGAUUGAUUUGUUGUUCCUAUUUUGGAAUAUGCAAGCGAGCGAGAUGGGACGUGGCUCCCUCUCCCUAUUAAUGAAUCGUUUAAACAAGC